AUGGAUUCUUCAAAUCAAUCUUCCCCCCAGCAAACCACUACCAAUACGGACACUUCGAAUGCUGCCGUUGCAAGCUCCUCCACUCCAAAAACCUCUGACAAUACGUACACAGAGCCAAAAGUGAGUGACGACGAACAAUUCCAACGAAACACUGAUCACAUGGGCGGUUGGAUCAAAUCAUCCGACCUCAACCACUCAGAGACCCUCGCUGUCUAG